AUGGAGAUUUUACAUAUAUACUACUUCGAUGAAGCACUAUACCUAUCUUCAAUCGCUCUGACAAAGAUCUCGAUACUCCUGUUCUACCUGCGCAUCUUUCCAAACCCCAGGUUCCGAAAACUAGUAUGGGUGGCUAUUGCAUAUUGCAUCGGAUACAUUUUGGGUACCGUUCUAGCCCUGCUUUUCCAAUGCAAGCCGCUCAAUUUGGCCUGGACACGUUGGGACAACGAGCACCCCGGCAAAUGCUUCAAUCUAAACCUUCUAGGAUGGUUGACGGCAGCGCUCAACAUCGUCGGUGACGUUAUGGUCAUAUGUUUGCCGCUGCAGGAGCUCAGCAGGCUGGCCAUGGGACGGCGAAAGAAGGCGGGCAUCAUGCUGAUGUUCUUAGGCGGAGGCUUGUAG